CGGCGCCAUUUUGUUGAAGCCCCGAGGGUCCAAGCUGGUGUCCAGAGCCUGGGUGUCCUGUAGGGAUCAUGAGAUGUUUGGGCAGGGAGAUUGGUGUUCAUAGUACUGGCUUGUUCCUAUGUGAGGGGUAUUGUGUUGUUGUCUAGUUCGCUGCCUUUAGUCCUGUAAGGGGUGUGAUUAUUGCCAGGCGAUUAGCUAAAUUCUGAGCAAAUCUUUACUGAAUACAAAUCACACAUAUAGAAUUGUUUCCAUCAGCAGGAACAAUCCAGUACCGUGCAUGUCUCUGGAGAUCUUUUUUCAUCUAUUGAAGCCUUGCUUCCUCGAAGAAUCGGGAUCCACUGGUGCUCUUAUUUGUAGUGGUUGCUUCACCACCAGUAGUGUGUUCGGGUCUCAGGCAUGUUGUAUUCCGUAUUGUGAGGGUGACAACACUCUCCUGCAUAAAUGUUGAGUUAUGAGUAAACGUUGUCACCAUCUUGGAGGAAGUGCAUCAGUAGGUGCUUACUGGCAGGAUCACCAGGUACAACCACCGCAAAUAAAGGACACCAAGAGAAGCUAAGUCAACAGGUUUUACCAAUUUUUUUUUAUUCUUGGGUUUAUAUGCACUUUAAAUAUGGAGCAGGUGCAGGUGAAAGUCACAGUCACCAGUUCCCCCAGGAAAAGGGCCAAAACAUGGGAAAUAUCGGAUUCAGAAGGGGAAGAGCCAGACUGUGUUCUAAAAGGGGGCAUGACGGGAGCAGAGGCAGCAAUGAAAUGUAUGCAAGUGUCGGAUGAUGCAUAUGAUAGUCCGUUUGUAAAGGCAGAACCUGAGGAGCUUUUGAGAGGCCAACAAGUAGACCUUGGUGCAGAUGGUGGGGAACUUGGCUGGACUGGAGCUGAAAGGGCAGAACCUUCUGGCCUUCAGAAGGACCAGAGAGAUGUCCAUCGUUCUCCAACUACAUCAGCUUUAUCACUACCUCUUCCUAAGUCCACCACGCCUAGUCCAGGGAAGAAGACAAGAAGGAAGAAGAGCCCAGAGGAGCUGGAGGCUGACCGAGCACAGGCUGAGGAAAAGAAGAGGGAGAAAGAACAAAAGCGUCAGGAGAAAGAGAAGAUCAAGAAUCUAGAGAAGGCGGAACGGGAGAAAAGGAAAGAAUCUGCACAAGCCCUGAAGCUUCUGAGGCCAGAUCAGUGUGGAAAAUAUAUGGUUGUUCAGGUGGAUGCAGGUCUUCUCCAAGAUGCAGGGUCAGAAGAUAUGCUGGAAGCCCUAAGAUCAUCUGGGUAUGCUUACGCCUUAGAGCCACACUCUGUGCCAUGGAGCAUUACUUGGAGAAGAGAGAUGCCUGUUGACUGGACAUGUGUAGAAGGUCUGGAACUGUGUGAAGGGGAAGAAGAUCAAAUGCUGAUACUGGUGGAGCCCAGAGAAUUCCUUAAGAAUGUCUUCUGUUACAUUCAGGCCCCUGAAAACUCCAGGACUUGUGAGACUCCGGCCUCUGUGUUUGGAACAGACAGAAAAUGUCCUGGAAAGAAGACCACGUUGGCUGUCUUGGGGUUCCGUGAUUAUAGAAGAUGUCAAAGACUGUCACGUAAGAUGGAGAGACACUCUCUGGAGCCAAGCCUUUGCUAUGAUGAACCAGAAAGCCAUGUGGCCAGGCAACAUAUAGAUGAGUCUGUGAUGAAACAGCAUCCCCUGAAGAUAAGGGAGAAGUGGGAGGCGGACGUUGGCCAAUUAGAUGGAGAACAGUGGGAAGAGAUUUUCCAGGUAGUGAGUAGGUGCUCAUUGAAUGUUUCCCAAAGGCUUACCCAGCUGUAUAUACUGCUGCGGACAUACUACACCCUUCACAGACUACAUCAGAUGAAUUCACAGCUUGACCCUACAUGUACGCGGUGCAAAAGAGAUCAUGGGGAUCUGAUCCAUAUGCUGUGGAGGUGCUCCAAGCUCCACAUGUACUGGGCGGGUGUGGUGACUACGGUUAACUGUGUUUGGUGUGUCUCUCCCACAGGACCCGAGGGCUUGUUUCUUGGGUGCUUUGGAGGAGUACGAAUGGGAGGAGGAUAGCAGGGAGGCCGUACAUAGAGUUUUUUGUUCCAGGCGAGGAAACUUAUUAUGGUACACUGGAAGGAUGAGGCUCCCCCGACUUUGACAAAAUGGAUUGCCAACAUUGGGACAGUACUGAGAAUGGAGAAACUGAUAUAUCAACAUAGGGGUAGUGCUUACAAGUUCGAGAGGAUAUGGGCAAGGUGGCUGGAUAUGUCGGGGUUGGCCCCAGUGGACUUAGUGGCGGAUAGGCUGUUGGGCAUUAAUGUUGGGUGAGAUGUGGCUAUGAUCUAAUAUGCGGGAGACUAUGGGGAUGCACGGAGGGAGGGUCGGCCCCAAUC